AUGGAAUUUCGCCGCCUCAUGGGUUUCGAGGAAGAUGACAUUGUUGUGUACGCGGACAUUUGGGGUCUGAAGCGCCUCUUCUCGCUAGCCGUCCGCCGACGCGGAGCACCUCGGCGCAAGCGGGACCCUGUGGUUGACCAGCUCUUCGAGGUCCUGGAGCGGCAUUGGGGGGGCUGCUGGAAACCCAGCAGGAAGCGACAAGCGCUGCAGGAAGAAGAUGAGGACUAUGUAGAUGCCGGCAACCUUUCAGAUUGCGAAGAUGCUGAGGGGUUGGAGGUGAGCUUCCGCCAUGCCACCACGGAUGAGUACAUGACAGAUGAUGCCGCUUUGUCUGCUGAGCCUUCCAGCAGUGCCAAAGAGUCCGUUGAAGGGCCCAAGAUUGAGGAUGAUGGCAGUGCAAAGCUUGCGACUGUUGAAGGGCACAAGCUUGAUGAGACUGCAGCUGAUGCAGAUGACGACCUUGAAAAUCUUGAUGGCCUGGAGCUUGAUUUGGAGGAGCAGCUCCUCUUGGAUCAGCUCGCUGCGAUGAGGAUGAAUCAAGCCAUCGAGAUGGCUCAGCAAUCCUUGGGGCAGUUUGCGAAGGUGGGCCCAGACAAUGCGGACACGCAGAUCAUGGCUUCCCCAAGCGAACCCCUAGCGGCGCCGCCUUCCACUGCGUCAAGUCCUGCCAGCCUCGACCUUCACACUCCUCUUGCCAGAUCGCUUCUGCCAGAGCUGGACGCCAAAGCCACCCCAGAGAAGCUGGAGCAGCCAACUGGCAAAGGCAGGACUCUCAAGCAGGACACCUUCGCCAAGGAGAAGGGGCCCGAGGCAAUGACCAUUGAGUUGAAUCCAGAGAUCAUAGCCAAGGGGUUGGAGCCUGAGGCCAUGGCCCAUGCGUCGAAGCCAGAGGUCGUGGCCAGUGAGGCGAAGCCUGAGGCCAUGGCCAAUGCGGCCAUGGCCAAUGAGUUGAAGCCAGUGGACGAGGCCGCAAGUGUGGCUGACAAGUGCACGGACUUUGACCCUGCCACGUACCAGGAUUCUACGAGGCGGACGGCGCAGACGGUGUUGAAGAGAGCGCAGCCUUAUGUGGAAGAUGGUGAAGAUCCUGAUGGUGCCAAUGGCGCCCGCCGAGCUUCGCGGGGUCGGGGUGGUCGUGGUGGACGUGGGCGUGGCCGUGGCCGUGGCCGUGGCCGUGGCCAGCAGCCCACCGAGGCAACGAAUGACGAAGAGAACUCAGCUGAUGUUUGGACAUGGACUGAGGACGAGAUCAGGGAAUGGGAUCUUUGGAUGUGGGAGCGUGCUCAGGCGAAGUUGGAGGACGGCAAGGGAUGUUGCGAAAGCCCUUCUAUCCCCGCGAAGACGACUGCAGAGUGCGACAGCCAGCAAAACAAGCGCCGCAAGGUUGCAGAUGAAGCAGCUGGCACUUUGGCCGAUGAGCCUGAGUGCAAGGGUGAUGGAAGGGAAGAUGCCAGCGUUGCCGAGAAGGAGGUUAGCUUCGCGCGCCGCCCCCCGCCAAAGCGUGAUGUUCCCUACUCCAAGUGGAAAUCCAUCAAGUCCGCCUUUGAGGACAAGAUCAGUCUCUUCGUUGGUUACCCUUCGAAGUACCAGGAGCCUGGGUCUUAUAAGGUAAAUCUCUGCUUGUCUUUGGGUUUGCGGGGCUUCGUAUGA